GCCAACUGGCACCUCGCAACCGGCAACUGGCAACUGCCCCUGGCCUAGUCACAUUUACCGCCCGCUCCGCCCUGCGUCGUUCCUUUUAUUUUUUUGACACGGGUAUCCGUAUGCUAGAUUCGUUCGCAGCCCGGCCUGUGUCCUCCGCCAUUUAUGGUACGGGAAUUUGCCGGCACUUGAGCCUUUGAAUUUCGUGGCUGCGUUUGCAUUCCAGCAGCUUGAAUCAAGAAGUCCAGCUCAAAUGCUAACUAGUGACUAGUAAAUACAACGUUUGAUUUAAGCAGUAAUUAGCAGGGGCAAAAAGUAUGUUGGAUCCUUCUCUAUAUUUCCUUGCACUUCAUUUGGGUUUGAGGACCGACGAGCACUGCUGGCAGCACUGCAAAGGGUUAAGGGCUUGGCAUGUCAGCCAGCUGGACGAGGGUUCCGGCCUCCGCAGCUUCUCCUCCGUACAUCCGUACAUAUAUACGUACGUACUACGUACUACCCAUGACACUACUCAUGGGCGCAAACUUUCUGCACAGCCUGUCAACGUCAAGGAGUGGCCAACUGGCCUCCAUGGCGGUGACUGUACCGCGCCCCCGGCCUAAAGGUGUUCGAGGAAAAGUUCUUGAGCCUCGUCGACUUGAUGUUGGGUCCUCCAGUUGGACCAGCUGAUGCCCUCGUGAUGGAUGGGUCUCAUGGCGUUUAGAAUUUUCUAGGAUUUUUCACACCCAUAGCCACUCAGUUUAAAUUAUUCGCAUGACGUUCAGUUUUACGCCGUUUUAAUAACUUCAACGCCACAUGAUUUGUAUCAAAGUUCGCCCGAGGGAUUGUCUCCCACGUGCCAGCUGCAUAAAUUACGCCAACUUGUAUAUAUCUCUUAAAUAUUUCUGUCUGCUAAAAAGAUUAUAUUAAAUUUUGAUUUGUUUUAUUAUAAUUUAUAAAUCCAAUAUAGCCGAUUAAUUGCCCAUUUUUGGCAGUGUUUCUUUCGCUUUAUGGCCAAAAAAGAAAGCAUCAUUGAAAUCGAAGGGAAUUUCUGUUGGUCAGCUCAUCGAAGAUGAGGAGGUGUUGGAUACUUGAGCAGGGGAGGAGGAGAUGGCCUGAAUAGCGAUGCUGAUGUGGCGGUGGACAAGGAUAUGGAUGUGGAUGCCGAUGAUGCCGAUGAUGAUGAUGAUGAUGAUGACUGAGCUUGCAUAAACGAGUUUGCCCUUAAGUGUAUGCGCAUACUGAAGGAUGGGGCGGAGGAUCCAAAGGAACUGGCUGAGGGGGACUCCAAAAUGAGGUGCUGGUGAAGGUGGUUGGCAGGGGGUGUCAGGGGGUCGCAAGGACGACGAGCAGAGCGAGGAGAAUUUGUGCGUGAGCAGCAUAUUCGAUGUGCCACACAUACAACCAAGUUAUUUAUGCAGACUCACAUACAAAGCAUGCAAAGAUUUUGCAUUACCCUUCCAUCAGGCAACCACCAUCCUUCCAUUAACUCGCCACCCACCACUACCCACUAUCCACUUUCCACUACCCACUACCCACUAUAUCCAGUUGCCAGUAUCUAUCAGGCAUCCACCCACUGAAUGGGCUCUGUGCCAGCAUCAAAAGUAGCAUCUGCCCGGGAGGUCCGCAUACAAUUAGCUGCAACUGUAAUUAAAGCAAUUGUAUAAUAAAUCUUUUGCCAAAUGGGAAAAGAUCCAACCCACUCCCGCUCCUUUUAACCCCAGCAGGUAUAUAUAAUCGGCAAGGGGGGAAAUGGGGGGCUUGAGCAGCGGGUGCCAAGUGAAAUGCUAGCCAAGGAAAAACUACGAAAUUAAUAUAAAUUUAAUAGUUUGGCCCCUGGCAUUUAUGGAGGGCAUAAAACGAAGGCGGGUCGUUAAAUGCAUUCAAAUGGAUCAGCUAGAAAAAAAGGACGAAAUUAGUGCACAGCUUUACAGUCUAUACUUUUACUCGAGUUUUUGGAAUGCGGCUACCAUUUUCCAGUUGAGCACAAAUUUAUUCGAUCCACUUGUCACAAUUUGAUUUUGUUCAGGCAACAAAAAGCCAAAAGCCAUCAAAAAUUGUUCGAAUGUUGAGAAAACCUUUUUGGCGAAGCUCACUUAAGCCCACUUAAAUGUCUGACCAGCGAUCCCGACGCGUUCGUCGUCCGGCAGCGGAAAUAGUCCGCGAACUGAGGAACCUGCGGGCUAAGCCUCUGCGGAUCGACGACGAGAACGAGACGUGGGUGAAUGGCUACGAGAAGCCAGCCACUCCAGAUCUUCCGGUGACCAGUCGCGAUCAGUUGGAGCUGCUACGUCUGAGCCGCCAUCGAAUCGGCAUGCUCCUGGUUCGCCCCGCCUUCGAGCAGGCCGUCACUGGGUGCUUUGUGCGGGUGAACGUCAGUGGGCAGGGCGAGUUGCCUGAUCAUCGGAUCGCCGAGGUGCUGGGCAUCUGCGAGCUGGACUUUGGCUACAAAGUGGAGCAGAUACCGACGAAUGUGGCGCUGCGAUUGCGCUACGAGGACCUGGAGAUGCAGCACGAGAUCAACGAUGUCUCCAACUUGGCCUUCACCCAGGAGGAAUUCGAACUGUGGCGCGAUAACUGCGUUAACCAGGCCAUAAGUCCACCCACCACCCACACGCUGACGCGCAAGAAGGUCGAGCUGUACAACGCGCUGCAGUUGGAGGCCAAGCCUUUAAGCCUGAUCCAAAGGGCCUUCUCCUUCGCCCUGAGGCCCCCGGAGAAAAUCGGCAUCAUGGAGCGGCAUGGCGCUGCUUAUCCCUGGCCAUUGAGUCAUCCGCUCCCGUUCGUUUCGCAACAGGCGCCUGAAAAUCCACCGAGGGGAAAAACGGAUACCGUAGCCGAGGAGGAAGAUCCGGGGGCAGCUGCUCCAUUAUUACCAAAAUCUGAACCAAAUUAAAAGGCAAUUGUUAAUUUUUGAACAUUUAUUCAGCAAGGAUAAUGGCAAUUGGUGGAACUUUUAAUGGCUUGUUAUCAUAAAUAAUUACAGUCAUAAUUGUUGUGCGAAUUUUUGGACUUAAAAUGUGUUAAAACUGCGAACUGGUUGAAAUAUAUUGAACACAAGUGAAUUUAUUCUA